AACAUCUACAUCUUCAACCUGGCUCUGGCGGACGCCUUGGUCACCAGCACGCUGCCGUUCCAGAGCGUCAACUACCUGAUGGGGUCUUGGCCGUUCGGCGACCUGCUCUGCAAGAUGGUGAUGUCCAUCGACUACUACAACAUGUUCACCUCCAUCUUCACCCUCACGACCAUGAGCAUCGACCGCUACAUCGCCGUGUGCCACCCCGUCAAAGCGCUGGACUUCAGGACGCCUCGCAACGCCAAGAUCGUCAACAUCUGCAACUGGAUCCUGUCCUCUGCCAUCGGUUUGCCGGUCAUGUUCAUGGCUGCUACCGCGAAAAGCCACCCCAAGAUUGUGGACUGCAAGCUGAUUUUCCCUCACCCCUCCUGGUACUGGGACACUCUGCUGAAGAUCUGCGUGUUCAUCUUUGCCUUCAUCAUGCCCGUCCUCAUCAUCACCAUCUGCUACGGACUCAUGAUCCUGCGCCUGAAGAGCGUUCGAAUGCUGUCGGGUUCACAGGAGAAGGACAAGAACCUCCGCCGUAUCACUCGCAUGGUCCUGGUGGUGGUGGCCGUCUUCAUCGUCUGCUGGACCCCCAUCCAUGUGUUCGUCAUCAUCACUGCUCUGAUCAACAUUCCCAGCUCCACGCUGCAGACCAUCACCUGGCAUUUUUGCAUCGCCUUGGGCUACACAAACAGUAGCCUCAACCCGGUUCUUUACGGCUACCUGGACGAGAACUUCAAGCGCUGCUUCCGUGAGUUUUGCACCCCAAGUCCUUCCGUACUGGAGAUCCAGAACUCCUCCAGAACUGGAGCCACCAGUCGCAAGGUCCCGAAGCGCGAACACAACAGUGCAAACACAGGGGAAAGGUCCAACCAACAGGUAGCCAGCGUCUGUGUAUGACUAGCCUUGGAGGGGUCGUCGCUGGACUCUCGCUGUUGUGGCAGCGUUGCCAACGACGAUCUCAACUCGGAAGUCACGCAAGUCACCACUGGGCUUUAAUGGCCCGAGCCAGACAUGCCCAUUAGCUGAUCCGGAGCACUUUUGUGAGGCGUUUGCGGCUCAGUAGAGAGCCUUCGACCUGUCAGACAGCGUUCAUAAAGCAUUUACUCAAAAACCCUCUAAAGGACAGAAGAGCCCGACGCCCCUUUGCUGAAUUGAUGAACUGCUACACUGAAGAAAUGUAUACAAGUACUGUGUUGACAUCGACUCAAUGAAAAUAUCUAACCAUUCAACUGACAGAUCUGUAAAUCCACUUCCACAAGCCAAUAUAGUGAUGUGAUCUCGUCAAUCUCAGCUAAAGAAAUCAAUUUUUCUAACACGCCGUCAUGCCUUUCUGUCAUGUUUCCUCCAAAUGUCUGCCUGGUGAAUUAUCUACAUGCGACAAAAGAGAUUUGGGGGAUUUUUUUUAAGGGUUCAGCUCGAAGAUUUAACUGAACAGGAGGGAAAUGUCAGCCUGCUUUUUUGUGUGGACUCAGCAGGAGCUGGACUUGUUGUCUGACACCGUCCAUUGAUGGGUUCAGCAGCACGCGGGCCUCAGCCGCUACAGGACUGGGAUGUGUUGCUGUGCAGCAACUCAUCAGAGAAAAAUAAAUAAAUAAAGAGAAAAGCUGUAUGUUUUCUGUUAAUCACAAACCUCUGAAUGUACAAAGCAGAAACCGUCUUGUGGAUCUUUGUACCAAACCUGCGACGAAAGCCCUCUGGGCUGUUUGUACAGCACAAAAAAACGCAUGCUGUUAUGGGAAGCAGUGCAAUUGCCAGUAUAUGAUUAACCACAGCUUUAUUACCAUUACAUCGAAUAAUGGGUUUGAAUGGAACCGCUCGUCUCUUUUACAGACGAGUGAACCAAGCAGGAUUCUACAUCUGAUGUGAUAUUUACUAUUGCUCGUGCUUACAUGUUGUGCUGUUUGCCAUACGUGCAAAAAUGCCUUUUUCAGUAGCUUUAUGCCAGAUUUUGUGAAGCAGUACUUUUCUAAAGACUCAUGAACAUGAUUGUAACGUACUGAGAGUUAUUUUGUUCACAAAUGUGAAGAAAAAAAACCCAUUGUGCUCCCAAACUUUUGUUGUUGUAUUGAAGUCUGCUUGUAAACUAUGACAAUGUGUACAAAUCGGUGUGCAAAAGCUGUGAAGUUUUGGUGCAAAAAAUCAUUUUUGAGUAAAAGUGAAGCCACUGUGAAUACAGCUUGCACUCAUUUUAAACAGGAUACAUGUUGGAUUUGUUGUUUACAGUUUUUUUUUACAUCGCCUGCUUUAAAUAAAGAGCUAUGGGAGAAACUAAG